AUGAUACACCCUCCCUCUCUUUUUCUAUCAUUAGAUUCCAAACGAUCUACACGUCAUCAUCGUGAUGAUAAACACCGACCACUAUCUUAUAUUGCAGUUACACCAGUUCAUCUCAGUUUCGCUAGACCUGUUGUAAUAUUGGGCUAUAUGAAAGAUAGAAUUGCUGAUGAAUUAUUAUGUGAUUUCCCUGAUCUCUUUGGGACAGCUAUUCCAUAUACAACUAGAUCACGUCGUCCAAAUGAAAUUGAAGGUCGUGAUUAUCAUUUUGUUAUCAGUCGAGAGAUAAUGGUUGCAGAUAUAGCUGCAGAAAAAUAUUUGGAAGCUGGAGAAUACAAUGGCAAUUUAUAUGGUACUCAUUUAGACUCUGUAUUUGAAGUUUCUCAACUGGGUUUACAUUGUCUAUUGGAUGUUGGUGGGCCAGCAUUGAAACGUUUAGAAUCAGCUGGACUUCCACCAAUAGCAAUUCUCGUCCUGCCUGAAACAGUACCAACUGACAUAGAUAAUGAGAAUGAACAUUCACCGUCUUCCAAUGAAUGUGGUAAAAAUAAUAGGUCAAGACUGAAAAAGUCUGCCUCUGUAGAAUCUGCAGCAUUCAAAGACCUACAAGUUAAACUUGGUCGACUGUUACAACAUUUCACUUCCUUUUUAACCGCUAUAAUCACUACAGACGAUUAUGAUACUGCUUAUAAUCGAGUAAAAGAAGUCAUCUUUAGUAAUGCUGGACCUAUUGUAUGGCUAAAUUCACCUCAACGAAUUCCAUGA